UUGACAUCGAAAUGUUUAUUUUAUUUAGUGUUAAAUGUUAAUAUGAUCAUAGACUUUUUUAAUCCACCUGUUUACAUUUUGCAACAAGUAAUUUAUCAUUAGCUAAUUAAUACUUAUAUUCUUUAAAAUAAUUUUGAAUUGUGAAUUAUUUUUUUAACAGUACUUAACUACAGAAUCUGAGUAUCAUCUGUAGUUUUAAAACAAUAGAAAUUAUGAUAUAACAUAUUAUAAGAUAAAAUUUUGUAACAUUACCUUAAAUGUUUUUUUUGAAAAUAUAUACUUUAACAUAUAGUUAUGAAGUUGUUCGUUUAAGUGUUAUUAGUCCACAAAUUUUUGUAUAAAUAGUUUAUUAAAUACACACAUUUAUGGUUCAUGAAGGUUUUAUAGUGAAUCCAAAAUGACCACUAAUGAGCCACUACUUGUUCAAGCUGUAUAUUCAUUUAAAGGAAAAAAUAAUGAUGAGCUGUGUUUGAAAAAAGGGGAUAUUGUGAUUGUCACUCAAAAAGAAGAUGGUGGCUGGUGGGAAGGAACCCUUAAAGAAAAAACUGGUUGGUUUCCAUCAAAUUAUGUCAAAGAAUAUAAACCUCAAGGAGAGAAUAUUACAAACAACAAAGUGCCAAACAUACCAAUAGAUUUGACAGAACAGUUAAGAGCUAACCGAGCUGUGGUUGUCAUGGAUAUUGUGGAAUCUGAAAGAGCACAUGUCACUGAAUUGAAGACACUUAUUCAAAGUUUUUUAAUUCCUUUAAAAAACUCAAAUAUAAUGACUAUUGAUGAGUAUAAUCAAUUAGUAAAUAAUAUUGAAGAAGUUUCAAAAACUCAUGAAGGACUUCUGGAAUCGUUAGAACAAGUCUCUGGGUUACCGCAGUCCGAUCAAAGAAUAGGCAAACUGUUUCUAAACAAAGCAUCUUUUAUUCGUUGUGUACAUUUGCAAUAUUGUGCUUCUCAUCCCAGAGCAGUUAAUAUUAUUGAUAAAUAUAAAGAUGAAUUAAACCAAAUAAUGGAAACACAAGGUGCAGUUAGUCCUGGUAUUUUAGUACUCACUGUGUCAUUAAGCAAACCAUUCCGAAGAUUAGACAAGUAUAGUGGGAUGCUCCAAGAGCUCGAAAGACACCUUGAAGAAAGUCACGUUGAUAGAGGAGAUACUCAGCGAUCGAUCAGCAUUUACAAAGAAAUUGCGAAUGUAUGCUUAUCAACAAGGAAACAAAAAGAAUUGGAAUUAUCAAUAUUAAGUGGAGUUGUACAAGGAUGGGAAGGCACUGACGCAUUAAGUUUAGGCGAUGCAAUUAAAAUUGGUUCUGUUGCAUUUGGUGCAGAGCAUAAAGAUAGAUAUCUAAUGUUGUUUUCUACCCAUCUUGUUAUUUUAUCAGUCUCCCAAAGAUUAAGUUCAUUUAUUUAUGAAGGUAAACUGCCAUUAAGUGGAAUUUGUGUCAAGAAAUUAGAAAAUAAUGGUGCCAUUAAAAAUGCUUUUGAAAUAUCUGGGCCUUUAAUUGAUCAUAUUGUUGCUGUUUGUCAGUCCAAAGAAGAGCAAAUUGAUUGGAUACAAAAAAUUAACAAGCAAUUAGGAAAUAAGAGUGUCAUUAAUACUACAUCUAGCAAAUCAAUGGAAAAAGUUAAUAGAUUAGCUUGGGAUGUGACAAGACUUAGACCCAUUCCACCACUUCAAUUUUAUCACAACAUCAAUGAAAAAAAAUAUCUGUGUAGCAAAAAGAUCUGAAAGAACAUUUGAAGAUGAUGGGAAAGUCUUGAGAGUAUUUGAAGCAUUUUGUUCAAAUACAAAAUCACGGCAUGCUAGUUCAGGAAUUUAAAUUUAUAACAGAAUUGUAUUGCUGGAAUUUAAAUUGAAAAUCUGCCAUUGACUGUUACUUCUCAUACAUUAAGUAAAUCCAAAAGGACCUAAAUACAAUUUGUUAAUGAAUAUGUUAAUUUUAAUUUUAAGUUGUCAUUUUAUACUACAUUACUAUAUUGUACAUUUUUAUAAAUUGUUUAAAUAAUUAAAUAUAUAUCUGUAUUACAAUGAAUUAAUUUAUUAAAUCAUAAUAUAUCAUGUUAUAUUUUAAAGAAAAUUAUAAAAAUAUAUUAUUGUAACAUUUGUAAUAAUUGUAUCGUUGACUAUUUUUAUCAAAUAAUGUUUCAUAGCACUCAUUAGUUGUUGACAAUCUCUCAAUUUAAUCCACUGUUUAUGAGUGGCGUAACAACAAUUUAGGCUCCUCACUGCAAAAAUAAAAAAUGGGCCCCUACAAUUUUUCUUAGAUAAGACUUCAACUGUGUAUAUGACAUUAAGCUUAUUUCAUUAGUUUCAACUUUAAAAACAGCGAACUGAAGUAAAACUUAUUUUAAAUGUUUAUUUUUAUUUUUAC